AUGCCCAACACAGUCCCCAAGGUCCCCCUCUUCGACGGGCACAAGAAGAGAAAGCAGCGCCGGCAAGAACAGGAGCGCCAGCAAGAUGCGAUUAUGAAGCAGGCCGCUCAAGAAGCCCAAGAGGCAUCCAUUGAAGCUACCUUCCAGUACCUCAACGAUUUCCUGGAGAACUCCAUCUGGAGAGAUCAGAUGGAUCAGAACCAAAUCUCCAUUUCCUGGGAUGUCCUUCCUCCCAUGCAUGAGCUCAGAACCUUUGGAGAGCUCGACGAGGGUGAAGGCACAAAGGCCUGUCGACGCCUCUUCAAGGCUGUGGUCAUUUGGGACGACCUUGGACACGGCCUCUGGCUGAAGCUCAAGACCGAGGAUCGCCAUAGCGGUCGCGUCUCAAGAGAGCUGGCUUCGUCCUUCCAGAGCGAAGGAGAAUCCGGCAGGUCGGCUUAUCCCACACCUCAACGGUCCCGAACGAGCUCUCGGUCUUCGAUCGAGAGCAAGUUCUCGAGAAAAUCCCGAAAGCCCUCCGCCGAGAGAGAGGAGGCGAAUGUCUCUGAUCCUCCCCGUCGAUCAUCCGUCGCCGAACUUUGCCCAUCGCUGCGCAGGGGAUCCAGCGGCAAGAUUCCCACGCGCAGCUCUACAGAGCCCCUGUCCUGCAGCGACAACGCCGGCAAGGCUGCUGGCGGAUCGCGAUACAAGCUACCGAAGAUGAUUCCCAGUAGCUGCGCGAAUGCCGUGAGAAAAACCAUGGGCGCGUUCGGCGAGAGCAUGAUCCAGGCACAUGGCGGCGGCAAUGCACUUUGA